AUGGCCGAUUCUUCCGCUAAAACUCCUACUGAAACUCCCACCAACGAGCAGCAGGGUCUUCGCCGCUCGAGCCGCUCAACCCGUGGCCAACUCAGCCAGAACCAAUUUCUCCUACAGCACUUUGUUAUUGGAGAAGAGGCAUCUCGUCCGACUUAUGGACCUGGACGUCGCCGUGCCAUCGCAAAGCCCAAGGUUGAUCAUGACGAUGAGUCGGGUCCGCUGGCACAAUCAGCGCCCAUAGAUCCCCACAACUCACGUCGGCAUAGAAGACGAAGCCUGGGCAAUGAUCUUUCUAAUCUCGGGAGUCAUGAGGAAACACCGGCCGGCUCUGAAGGGGUGGUAGCCUUGCUAAGCCCUCGGCGCAGCAGUGUCCCAGCAGCUUCUCCUCUUCCAACCUCUAUUCAAUAUAUUGGUGAUCGUCGCCGAAGUGCCUCCCCGCCCCAGUUGGCUUCUUCAAACAUGAGAGAUUGUCAAAACCCGGCCCCUCAGCAGCGAACAAUGCCCGCUUUCCCUUGGGACCCAGCCUUUCAGUAUGGAUUUCAAUUGCCUCCUCAGUAUCAGCCACUGGGGCAGCAGCAGAUCCCAUUUUUCACAAUGCCUGUGCAACCUGGUCAGAUGGCUCCGGCUCAACACUUUGAGCAGCGAACUCAAGAAUCUGCCUCUGAUGCCCCCGGAGUCUUUGUGAAACCAGCAGACUUGAUGCUAGACAGACAGGAUCUGGUGAAAACCCAGACGAACAGUAUCCCGAAAACUGAAAUUCCCCAAUUUGCAGAACUAGUUGACUCGUAUAACAAGAUUCACGAGGAACGUCGAGCACAGGAAGAACGAGACCGUCUGGCGGCGCAAGAGGAAAAAGACAAAGCGAAAGCGGCAGAGGCGGAAGAGCCAAGCCAGGAGGAGAUGGACGCAUUGUGGGAUCAGUUCAUGGAUCCUGAUGCUUUCAAAUGA